AUGUAUAUGUCCAAGUUCAACAUCUUUGUUAAUGACAUUACAUCUCUCAAAAACUCCACCCCUCUCAAGACAAACGGCGUUGCCGAAUCUGAUCGUGUAUUUCUACUAGACUACGGCUUAGCUUCGAAAUACUUGUUGUCCAACGGUGAACACAAAGAAUUCUGCCCGGAUCAGCGUAGAGCACACGCAGGGACUGUUUUAUUUUGUUCUCGAGACGCCCACAAAGGAGUGCUGUCUAGGAGGUCAGACCUCGAGAGUUUGGCGUAUAACAUAGUGUAUUGGUUGACAGGCAGUUUGCCGUGGAUUGAAGACUUGGAGCAACCGUUGGACGUCGAGAAGAAGAAAAACAGAUGUUUCAGUAAUUUGAAAAGUUUUUUGGAGCUGAGUUUCAAUAGCGAUUUUCCAAGUUUCGUAUUGGAAUAUUGUGAAUACCUGAAUCGACUGCAGUUUGAGGAAAAUCCAGACUACGAUUUCUGUAGAAAAAUCUUCAAGAAAGCAAUGAAAACAUAUGGUUACAAAGACGACACUAUACUGGACUUUGAUAAUGUGCAGGGUUGGGGAAUCAAAAAGAAAAAACAAGUCCCUGCAAGAAAUAAUGUGAGAUUAAUCACCUGCGGCAGUUUUCUCAAGACAAGUCCUCUAAUGCCGUUGCAUUCCAACAUCGUUUUCCGGCGGCCCAAACUGAGGAAAAAGGCCAAGACUAACAACAACAACAAUAAUGAUCUGAAAAUACCGGAUACUAUGAUGAAUUGGUCGAAAAUUUUAACGGAUCCGGAAACAAUAAUAAAACAAGCUCGGGAAAGAAAAACCACAGAAGGAAGUGACCAAGGGGUAGCUAGUUUGUCUUUCUCGGACAUUGAGAGUAUGAAUCCCACGUACGCAAUGAUGGAAAUCUAUAAUAGAUGUAAAGAUAGAGAAACUUCGCCUAGAUAUAAGGGCGAAAGCUAUGUUCCUGAUAAUUUAGAAGGUUACACUCCAGCGAUGAUGAGUGUAUACACCAAGAUGAUGGAGAAAAAAGAACUGGAGUCUUGUUCAGAUUCAAAUAAUCAAAGCGACAAUGAAGUCAAUGUCAAAGUACAGAAAAGAACAAGAAAUCGAAGGCGAAGGGGAUCUGAAUCUCCGACAUUGCAAAGGAAUUUUCGAACAAAAUCGCAGCCACACGGUAAUAAUUUUAUGUUCUGAUCAAAUUUUGUAGAA